AGUUUGUAAGGACUUCUGUAUCCUCAGAUAAAGGUGGUUCGGGCAGCAUGCGCGACCAAGUGGCUCAGCUUGCUUUUGUCACCAUAGCCGCAGUCCUGGAACAAGCAUACUUCUCAAUGCAAGUCAUAUGGGCACGUAGAAAAUACAAGAUCUCUCCUCCAAACACAUCAGGUCAUCCAGUCUUCGAUAGAACUUUCCGUGCACAGCUAAACUGCUCUGAAUAUUACCCACUGUUCCUAUCAGCUUUAUGGAUAGCAGGAAUAUUUUUCCACCAGGGAUUUGCUGCUUUCUGUGGUUUACUCUAUUUAUACGCCCGUUACAAAUAUUUCCAUGGUUAUGCAGAAUCGGCUCUGGGAAGGUUGACACCAAUGUACAUCAGCUCAAGCAUCCUCUGGGUUCUUAUUGGAUCAUCUGUUCUUGGUCUAAUAGAUUAUUUCUUACAUUCACACUAUGGUGUCAAUGUUAAACCAAGAUUAACCUGGUGGAAGCUUUCAGCCCUUUGACAACCAGACCUGUUUGGGCCUUAAGGACAGACUAAGGCUACGUUUCCACUUGUUUUUUCUGGCAGUUUUUGGA